AUGCUGUACAAACAUCUGCAAGCAAGAGAGACUUUCGAUAGGGAUGAUGUAAAUAUCUUUUGUUCGAAAAAUAGGAAACGAGGAAUCUAUUAAAUGCAGCAAGUAAUAAAGAUUUUUUAAACAAAUUACAAAUGAAGUUCUUUCUCCAACAUUGAUACAUUUGUUUCACUUAAUCUGUGUUUCUAUUAUUCUUCUCCCAGAACCUAAACCUUGAAGACACGGCUAAAAAUACACCGGAAGAUUUUCGCGGGUGGCAAAGGAAGGCAGUCAGCGAAAGACGAGCUUUCUUCGAAUCAAAAGAGGAAGAUCGAGUGACGGAGCGUGUCCGCCCGACAACAGCAAAUCCUCAAGUUCGAAAAUAG